AUGUUAGAGUUCAAAGGAACGUUUAAAUAUUUACCGGAUCCAAAAUUUAAUAUAUUUAAUAGAUCACCGAAAGCCCAACUGAGUGGAGGUGCAACAUUUACAAUUCGUGGAGAAGGCUUCUAUAAUGUAGAAAAAAUAACUGUUGAAAGAGUGGAUAAACAUUGCGAUGUACUCGAAGAUACAUCAGUUGUCUGUAAAACACCUCAAAACAGAAGGAAUCAGCCAAGCAAUCAAACUGUUCAUGUUUAUUUUGAUGACGUGACUCUUCCGGUAAAUGUAGAAUAUGUCGAGGAUCCCACUUUUGAAAGGUUUCCAGUUGUAUACGAGUAUGAUAAGGAGUCUUCUAUUCAAAUCAAGGGUAGAAAUAUUUUAAGUGGAGCCCGACUUGAAGAUUACCGCAUACAUGUUGGAUUGGAUGGAAGUUGUCUCCUAACUGAUAUUGAUAUGCAAUUAAUCACAUGUUUCCCACCUAAAUCAGUACCUCGGACUAAUAAAACAGAUGUAAAUACAGUUCAUAUCAUUGUAGACGUUGGUAAUAUCAAAGCUUACAUUGGUGACUUACACUAUAAAGUAGACAUCAACACAUUAGCCAUCACAGUUGGAAUUAUGACUGCUGCAUUAAUUACAGCUGUAGUCAUCAGCGUGUUCGCUGUAACUAUUAUACGGAAGAAGAAAAAGAGAACUAUCAAAGAAUUCAAAAUCGAACUUAUGACACGUGAAGAAAUGAUACGAGAAGCUAGCAGAGAAGAAUUUGCUGAUGCUCAGAUAUAUAUCAAAAUUUUUAAAUCUGAUCUGGUUACUUCAAGCGUACCAUUUCGUGACUACCAGACGUAUAUUCUUCACCAGCUCUUUCCAAACGAAGAUAUAAGAGCCAAUCAUUUACUUCAGGAUUUAAAGAUAACGGAUGACAGAAAAAACAUGAUUAAAAGUGCUCUGGAAAAAAUUGAAACAUUGUUGACGAAUAAGAGUUUCCUGAUGUCACUCAUCAAAACAUUAGACCGACCAAAUAUGCUUACAAUGCAAGAAAAAGCUUAUUUUUCUUCAGUGUUGUCGAUUGUACUACUUGGAAAUAUGAGACUUUUCUUUGAGUUGGUCCAUUGUUUGCUAAUAGAUAUGAUUCGGUCAUCAACAAAAAAACAACAGAAACUCCUAUUCAGAAGGUUUGACUCUAUUCCACUGCGAUUAAUAGUAAAUUGGUUACAGAUUGGACUGUACAGACAAUUAACUUCACAUAGCGGUAUGCAAUUGUUCAUGUUAUAUAAAGCCAUACAAACAAUCAUUGAAAUGGGACCAAUUGAUGCACUUACGGGUAAUUCAAAGAACACAAUUGCAGAAGAGAAGCUACUCAAAAUGAAAAUUGAAAAUCGACUCUUUUGA